AUGCAACCUGGUGGUAGAGAUUUGGAAGCCAUGAAUUUCAAUUCCUUGUUAAAUCAAGAACAAUCACUUCAAGAAAUGAAUAAUCAUCAAAAUGGUCAACCCCAGAUGUCAUCCCACUUCGAUCCGACGUCGUCUCAUGAUGAUUUCCUCGACCACAUGCUGUCGUCUAUCCCAUCUUCGAACUCCAGUUUUAACUGGGAUGUGUCCUCUGUCGCGGCUCGAGCCGACCACCCGCCGCCUUCGACUCUGCUUAGCCAAUUUGAUGACCAGUCAACUCAGUUAGUUUCAAAGCUGAGGCAGCACCAGAUCAGCAGCGGCGCCGCCAAGGCCUUGAUGCUCCAGCAGCAGUUGUUGCUGUCCAGAGGACUCGCCGGAAACGGGCUCCGGUCGCCGUCUGGGGUCUGCGGCGGUGAGAGUGGUCUUCUGCAGAUCCCUUUAAGUGUUAAUAAUGGUGACCACGCCGACGUCGUUGAUGAGUCCUUCCAAUCGGCUAAUCCGGCUAAUGAUGCAUCAAUGCAAGGUUUAUUCAAUGGAUUCGCUGGAUCUCUUGGUCAAACUACAAACCAAUCUCAGCAUUUCCACCACCCUCAGGCACAGAAUUUUGGUGCAGCAGUUCCUGGGAUGAAUCAGCCUGCGGCAAGUGGUUCAACCGGCGGAGGGACGCCGGCGCAGCCUAGGCAGAGGGUUAGAGCAAGGAGAGGACAGGCCACAGACCCUCACAGCAUCGCUGAAAGAUUACGCAGAGAGAGAAUUGCGGAGAGAAUGAAGGCUUUGCAGGAGAUUGUACCCAAUGCUAAUAAGACGGACAAGGCUUCGAUGCUCGAUGAGAUCAUAGAUUAUGUAAAAUUCCUCCAGCUCCAAGUCAAAGUUCUUAGCAUGAGUCGAUUGGGUGGCGCUGGAGCUGUUUCCCCUCUCUUAGCCGAUAUGUCCUCUGAGGGAAACGGAACACAAACGGCGUCAUCAUCCAACAACAACGAGACCAUGACAGUGACGGAAAACCAGGUGGCAAAGUUGAUGGAAGAGGACAUGGGCACCGCCAUGCAGUAUCUCCAAGGGAAAGGGUUGUGCCUCAUGCCAAUCUCAUUAGCCACCGCCAUCUCCACCGUCACGUGUCACUCCAGGAACCCGUUAGCCGCCACCAACAACCACCUCAACAGUAGCAACAAUCCACUAAUAAGUGGUGAGCACGGUGGGCCCUCGUCACCUAACAUGUCGGCUUUGACCGUCCAAUCUGCCGCAAUUGGUGGUAACGGUGCUGGAGAAGCGUUCGUUAAAGACGCAACUUCGGUUUCCAAGUGA